AAGCAUCAAAGCUCAACCGAGUACCCGUUAAGUGUGGCAAUGGAUGGUGCACGUGCUAAGUCACGCCAAAGUUCGCACCGGAAGCCAUCCGCCGUGGCCGCUAUUGACUUUGGUACGACCAACACCGGGUACGCGUACUACUUCCGACCUGCACAGUACCGUCCUAUCGCUGCUAACGAUAUUGAGGUGAAAAAACAGGUUCCCACGACUGUUCUGCUUUCACCCACUAAGGACUUCGUAGCGUUUGGAGAAGCUGCCGAGGAUCAGUACCGGAACUUGACGGUCGAGAAGAAACACAACGAGUACUACUACUUCAGGCACUUCAAGAUGAAUUUACAUCAUUUACCUCAUCUGUCAAAUGACAUAAAUAUAAAAGAUGCAACGGGGAAAGAGAUGCAAGCAAUGACAGUUUUUAAAGAAGCAAUAAAGUAUGUAAAGGAAGAACUUCUCGAAAAGAUGAAUGGGGGACAAACUGGUGAUAUAUCAGAGUCGGAAGUCCGAUGGGUCAUCACAGUCCCUGCCAUCUGGAGGGAUUCGGCAAAACAGUUCAUGAAGGCAGCCGCUAUAUUGGCUGGAAUCCGAGCGGAAGGACUGGUUCUCGCUUUAGAGCCGGAGUCAGCGGCAAUUUGCUGCAAGGACAUGGCGCUAAAUAACGUGGCGGGCGUCGAAGGCGUCAUAUUGAAGGCGUUUGAUCCCGGACAGAUGUACAUUGUACUAGACUGUGGAGGUGGCACAGUGGACACCACCGUACACGAGGUACAGACGGACGGGCGCUUAAAAGAGCUGCACGCGGCAGCAGGGGGUCCCUGGGGCGGAAAGCUGGUCAACGACGCCUUCGAGCAACAUAUUUGUGAUCUGGUGGGAAGUGAUAUUUUUCACAAGUUCAAGAAGGAAAACACGUCUCAAUGGCUUGAAUUCGAAAGCAACUUUGAGGCGAAGAAGAUACGAUACGAGGGUAAACAAGACAUAACAUUGACCUUUCCCGCCUACUUGAUUUCCAAAUUCAAAAUUGUCAGAAAAUAUGAACUGCAUGAUCACUUUGAACAAGAUUAUCUGAGAAAUAGGAUGUGCAAACUCAUUGACAAUAACUUGGUUCUAACGCCAAAACUGAUGGAUCACUUGUUCGCAAACGCUACUGACAAAAUAAAUGCUCAUAUCGAGGAUUUGCGAUGUAAGGAGAAACUGAAAAUGAUCUCAACAAUCCUGUUGGUAGGUGGAUUUUCAGAGUCGAAAGUUGUAGUUAACGUUGUUAAAGAGCACUUUAAGAAUGAACUCCGUGUGGUCGCGCCACCUCAUGGCGGGUCUGCAAUUUUGAAAGGCGCGGUUAUGUACGGCUGGGAUCAAAAUAUCAUAGCCGUGCGAGUUUGUCCAUUCACGUACGGCGUGCACACAAGAAGCGUGUACAAUGCAAACAUACACAAAGGAGCAACUCCGAAGGAAUUCAAUGGUAAACGUGUUGUGGACAAUUGUUUCCAUAAGCAUCUAGAGAUCGACGAGCAGGUCCUAGUUGGCGAAAAUACAACUCCAAGCACCUACACACUCAUAAAUAGAAACAAACCUGUUGCUUUCUGGAGAAUUUACAAGUCCACACAAAAGAAUCCUGUUUUCUGCCACGAAAAGUCUUGUUCUCAUAUUGGUACUCUAAAAAUUGAGAUUCCGCCAUCCGUCAAGGAGACCAAUAUUAAGAUGAACAUAUGUAUGACUUGUCGAGGAACAGAGCUGAAGGCAACGGCCUUCCUGCCAGACCACAAGGGAGUCGAGUGUGUAGCGAACCUAGACUUCCUGGACACCAGCAGUCUUGAAAGCGAUAUGGUGUCCAGCUUUACGGAGUAAUCCGCAUAGAACCAGCAAGUUGUUGUGUAUAAACGCAGAUGUGAUCGUGAACAAAAGCUAAAACUGUGCAGUUUGCAUAGCUAAACAUUUUAAAAGGACAAAUCAUAUUAAGGCAAAAUGAUAACAAUGCCAACUAGAAUAAAUUGGGCAAACAUAUUAGGUGGUUAACAGAGAAUUCAAUACCAUUUAUGUCAGGUCCGAAGACUGGUUUAAAGAAGCAUUACCAUUGUGGAAUUAUGAUUCCUUUCAUGUAUAUG